AUGACAAAGCCCAAUCUACUAGAGCUCCCCGUAGGAGCUCGGCUCGUUUACCUCGCGGAAGGCGGCGCCAAUGUCAUCUAUCGAAUCCUCGCUCCACCAGAGAUGGACUUUGAUGGAAGAAAUGACCUCUCUGCCACUGUUUCCAACUCACUACCUAGCACAAUAGGUACAUUCCAGGUGCCUGCCAAGUUUAAGGGUAAACUGCUUCGACUCCGCAAGGAUACGAGCGCAGGCAUCUCUUAUCAGGAGAUUGCACGCAAUUUUGACAGAUGCAUUCGUCCUCUUUUCAAACCAGAAGAGCUGGUUGAUCAGGAGCUCGUUUAUCUCCCCAGAGGGCUCGUUCAAGGGUGCAAUGAACAGCUACAGGCAGCAGAGCGAAGCGGCCAGCGUCCAGAACGACGCCAAGGGGUGUACCUCUCUACGGUGGAGCCGUUUGGGCUACUCAUAACAGACAUGACUACAUUCAGCAUUCCCGGAACGACGCUCUCAGAGUUGAAACCUAAGUGGCUAAUUCAAUCCCCCUCUGCACCCCCGAACUCCCGGAGAUGCCGAACUUGCGCACUCCGCGAUAUGAAGAACCAAAAGGCGCGCAAGAAGGGAUUGGCGGAAGAACAAUCAUUCUGCCCCUCGACCUGGUAUCUGACAGACCAGCCACGGCUGGCAAAAGUACUUUAUCGAAAUGGAACGCUGCAGAGGCUCCUGACACAUCAGAAAGCCUUACAGGAUGUGGGGCUUUAUGGUCCACCGCCAAGUUCGCGCGAAAAGUCGCUUGCGAUGACGCUGCGAGACUGUACAAUGUUCAUAAGGAUGCCACGCGACGAUUCCGGCCGUGUGGAGAUUAGGCUGGGCGAUUUGGACCUCAAAACCGGGGCUGGCGGGAAAGCCAAGUACUGGCUGGACCUGGAGCACCAAUUGAUCGUGGAGGACUGGUACGCAGGGGCCAAGAACAACGUAUCGGAAAGCGAGUGUGCUCAACAGAGUCCACGGGCGCAUUCGCAGUCCUCGAUAUAG